AUGUCCGUCCCAUGGAGCUUGGAUCCUCCCCCGGCGUAUGAGGAGUUGGACCCCUCCCGUCUGACUCCUCCGAGUCAUGGCAUCGGUCAGAGCCGCUUCUUUCGCUCCACAACCUCCUUGACCCUGGACCCGUCGGCAGGUGGCGACGAGAAGCGCCGAUUAUUGCUGAUCUAUGUUCAUGGUUUUAUGGGCUCCGAGGAGAGCUUUCAGAAUUUCCCGAAACACGUUCAUGAUCUUCUCACCAUCUCACUGGGCGAAAGUCAUGUAAUCUACACCAAAGUGUAUCCGCGGUACAAGACUCGCGGCCCGAUCCAUGUUGCCCGUGAUCAAUUCAGUCAAUGGUUAUCCCCCCAUGAGGCACCUGACCUUGACAUCAUCCUUCUCGGCCACAGUCUCGGUGGCAUCAUCUCCUCUGAGGUCGCAUUGGUGUCACGGAAUCACCGCUUGAAGCAUCGCGUUCUAGGCCUCGUGAACUUUGACGUUCCUUUUCUCGGUCUGCAUCCUCGCGUGGUGGCCACCGGCAUUGGGAGCCUAUUUCAUCGCUCCCCGGACGAUCCCAGCGAUCCUGAGUCCACUCCUUCUCCUGGUGGGUUCAACGUCCCGGAUCAGAACCAGACAUUCGACCCGGCGUUUUCCAACGAUCUUCAUCUCGCACGAUGGAAGGGCUGGGGCGGGGCCCGUCAUUUUAUCUCCAAGUAUUCGGAAAACCUGUCGCGGUCCCUCGUGCGGUAUUUCUUCUCGUACUAUGACCAUGCUGGGUGCAUGAAUAACUACCCUGAGUUGAUCAAACGGCAUCGGAAAUUGCUGGAGCUAGAGGCUAUUGAUGACUGGAACACUCCUGCCGACUCGGGAGUCAACCGGAUUCGAUUUGUGAAUUAUUUCACAACGAGCACAGGGCCCGCAAAAAAGCCUAAGAAGGGGUCUGCUCAGGACGAGCAUUCACGACGGGAAUCGGAUACUUCAUCCGUGUCGCAAACUGAUACCAAAUCACUUGAAUCGGAGCAGAAACCAACCACUGAUUAUGAUAAGCAUGAUGGUGUUGGAACUGAACAUACUCAAGAUCACGCAAGCAACAAAAACAAAGGUGAUGGCGAUAGGGAAGGCGACGGCGACGGCGACGAGGAAAACUCGCCUCCCAAAUCCCUUCGGAAAUUCUGCUACCUCCCUAAAGACUCGAUCAAAGGACGAGACGACCUCUGGGUUCCCGUAUUAAUGGAAGGUGUGGACGAGGUGGUGGCCCACCAGUCCAUGUUCCUGCCGCGAAACAUCUACUACGACCGGCUCGUGGGUGACACGGCAUCACGCAUCGAAUCUUGGAUUCAUGACGAUCUCACAAAACGGGCGGUUCUGGACGGGGAGAUCGGCAAGUCUGCCGGCGUGGAUGGAUGA